AUGAGUUCACAACACUUUAUUCCACCAUUGAAUUAUGGUAUGAUAGAAGAAGAUCUUUAUAGGUCAGGGCAACCAAAUGAACUUAAUUUCCCUUUUUUGGAGAAGUUGGGAUUAAAAACUGUGGUUUGGUUAGCUCCUGAAGAUCCAAAUCAUAGAUUCUUAAAUUUCAUCGAUGAUCAAAAUAUCCAAUGGCAUCACCUUGGUGUAAUAUCUUCAGUCAAUGCGUUGGAUCCAAUUACCGAGGAAGUUGUAUUAGCAGCAUUAGAAGUUAUUUUAAACCCUCGUAGUUAUCCAAUGAUCGUAAUGUGUAAUUUGGGAAGGCAUAGAACUGGUACGAUCGUAGGAUGUCUUCGUAAACUACAAAGAUGGAAUUUAACUUCAAUUUUUGAAGAAUAUCGUCGUUAUGCUGGAUCAAAAGUUAGAGUAUUAAAUGAACAAUUUAUUGAAUUAUUUGACACAGAUUUGGUUGGGGUUCCUGUUAAUAGGCCAAAGUGGUUAUGA